AUGGCACAAUCUAGUAAGAGGAAAUAGUCAAGGUCUUUUGAAGAUAGCGAAGUAGCAAUUUUAACAUAAGUGAUAGUAUAGGGGGAAGUUGUUUAGGGAAGGUGGACAAAAGAUGAACAUUAAAGAUUCGUAGAGGCUCUGAGUAUUCAUGGGAAGAAUUGGAAAAAGGUAGAAGAAUAUGUUGGUACUAGGAGUGGUGCCCAAAUAAGGUAUUUUCAUAUUUGAAUCAAGAUCUCAUGCACAAAAGUUUUUCAAUAGAUUGGAGAAGGAAUUUAACAAAUAAUUUAAUGGUCUUAAGAGUUCAGAAAUUAAGCAGAUUUUCGAGAAUAAACGAUUCCACAACUACACAGAAGGCGAUUAGACAUAGAGAAGAUAAAGGACAGGGUCUAUUAAUGGUAACACAAAUAUCUUUUACAUUUUAUAUUUAGAUAUUUCCGAUGAUGAAAUUCAAGGGAAUAUAGAGUCGAUGCAAAUAGAGUGCAAUCAGUUAUUACUGCAACAACAAUAAUAAUAGAUUAAGACGUAAUUACAACAGGGAAUACUUGAUCUUAAUCUACCUGAUUCCUGUCAGCAUCAUCAGAAUACUAUGGGUCAAGUCACUAAAUAUUAAUAAUAACAAGAUAAACUGCAAAAAAAAAUACAAGAAAUUGCUGAUCGAAACUACCCAGAUGAAUUAAUUAAAGAAAUAUGUGAUUUAAACAAAGAGAAAGAUCAAAUUAUGGCUAUUGAAUAAAUCCAAAAUGCUUAUUAAUCAAUAGCUGAAGUAAAUCAAAUCGAAUAACAACAAUCUUAAAAAUAAUCGUAACCACAAUAAAUUCAAUCCGAAAACUCAUAGCAAUCAAAAGUCAAUAAUUAAAUAAAUGAAGAAUCAAGACCUGGAACUGAUGAAUCCUUCUUUCACUUCAUUAUGUAUUGAUUCUUUUAAGUAUUAGGGCAAGAAAUCAGAAGUAUAUCAAUAAUAGGAAAUUGAGCUUAUCGGAUUUGAUAGAUGUACCUAAGAAGGAUGAAAAAACAUUAGAUUCAGAAUUGUAGGAGUAAAAAUAACAAUAAUAAUAAGAGAAUGAAGGAUAAAGGAGCAGAAAAUAAUCAUUUACUUUUUAUAACGAUUAGGUUGAAGAUAAUGAACUCAGGUAUUAGACACUCAAAAAAAACAAGAAAGAAUAAUGA